CUUUUUGAAGCUGUCAAAAAAACUUCACUUCAGUUGAAUUUUUUUAGACUUAACUUCAAGUUAUUUAUUUUUUAAUUCAAACAUUUCAAUUUUAAAAAUAAUUCCUUGCUAUGGCAUCUUUAUCUUACUCAAAACGUGGUGAAUGGCAAGAACUGAUAAUUGCCCUAAAUAAGAAUAUAAUAUUUGUUAAUCCCAAUGAUUUGCAAAUUUACAAAGAAGUCACAAUUCCAGAGGACCUAACAAAAUGUGAUAUCAUCCAAAUUGAAAGCCACGCGGACGAUGAUCCACAGCCAAAUACAAAAUCAAAAUCUACGCCCAUCGAACCGCCCACGAUUCAGCAUGUUCAGCUUUCUUCAAAUGGUUGUAUUCUUGCUGUUACAACGUCGGGACAAAAAGCAUUGCUUCUCUAUCAAUGCCGACCGGAACACGCAAAGCUGGUGUCUAUUCGAAGUUUAGCAAGAGCUUCCAGUGCCAUAAACUUUACUGCCAAUGAUAAACAGCUCUUGGUAACCGACAAGACUGGUGAUUGUUAUGUAUUUGAUUGUGAGAACUACCAGUUGCCGGGUAAAUUGAUUCUCGGUCACUUAAGUGUUGUCUAUGAUGUUUUGCUUACGCCCGAUGACAAGUAUGUCAUCACUUGUGAUCGUGAUGAUAAGAUAAGAGUGAGUAAUUUCCCGAAUUGCCAUGAAAUCGAGGGUUAUUGCCUGGGGCACAAAGAAUUCGUUUCAGCCAUCAAACUUCUGCCAUUCGAUGAUAAAAUCCUUCUCUCAAUAUCUGGAGAUGAAUCGUUGAAACUGUGGAACUAUCGCGAUGGCACAAAACUCUGUGACUUUAAGUUACCAGCACCGGGUAUAAAGUGCGCACUGCGACAAGUCAAUGAAACCACUUGUCAAUUAGCUGUGCUGCUUUAUCAACCUAAUGAAAGUAUUGCAGAGUACGAAAUCACCAAAAAUACUGCUGGAGUGUGCCACAUCAAAGAAUUGUCACGGCACUGCUUCGAUUCCAUCAUAGUAAGUGGAAUCUGCUAUGUAGCGGAAAAGUUGUACAUCGUUGGUAUCAAAAAUGACCGUUUUGUCAUCGACAUUGCCAACGGGGGCGGAGACAAGUCUGACGAUUCUUCAAAAGUUCUCGCAAUGAUAACAGAAUACUUCCAAAACGAGGCUCCCAAACCAGAUGAUGUUUCUGGUUGGUUCAGAAAACAAUUUGACAACGUUACGGAAUAUUACGAAAGGAAAAAACGACGCAUCGAGGAGAAGACUUCAAAACAAGAUGACGAUACGGUCUAAGACUGUUGUUGUUUGAUUUUUAGUUUUUAGUAGAUAAAUGUAAUAUUUUUAUUGAAUUUAUUAAAAAAAUAAUAAUAAUACGAACAAAUCCA